AUGACAGUACUGCUUUCCCUCCCAGUGAGGCUCCGGCUGCCUAGCGGCCACGCGGUCACCCACCAAAUCACGACGUCUCGCACGUUGCGGAAGGCAGCGGACACAACGCAGUCCGCAGUCGGAAAACCUUCCACCAGCGACGACACUGCGGGGAAGGCAAACUUUGAUUCGCCAAAAGUGGGACCAACGAAACACUGGCCUGCUGACGACAAUGGCGCUGGCCGUUCCAACGAAGCUCCGACUGCCAAUUGCCAGGCUGCUGCUGUUGACAAUGGCGCUGGCCCUUCCAACGAGGCUCCUGCUGUGUAUCGCCAGGCUGCUGCUGCCGACAAUGGUGCCGGCCCUUCUAACGAGGCUCCAGCUGCCACUCGACAGGCUGCUGCUGCCGACAAUAGCGCUGGCCCUUCCAACGAGGCUUCGGCUGCCAGUCGCAGGGUGCUGCUCCCGAUCGACGGUGCUGGCCCUUCCAACGAGUCUCUGGCUGCUAUUCGCCGGGCUGCUGCUGACGAAAAUGGCGCUGGCCCUUCCAACGAGGCUGCUGCUGCGAACAAUGGCGUCGGAUCUUCCGACGAGGCUCCCGCUGCCACUCGACAGGCUGCUGCUGCCGACAAUAGCGCUGGCCCUUCCAACGAGGCUUCGGCUGCCAGUCGCAGGGUGCUGCUCCCGAUCAACGGCGAUGGCCCUUCCAACGAGGCUCCAGCUGCCAGUCGUCAGGCUGCUGCUCCUGAUCGAUGGCGCUGGCUCUUCUAA